UGAAACGGAUCCAGAAGGAACUGACUGACUUACAGAGGGAUCCGCCCGCUCAGUGUUCUGCAGGACCUGUAGGUGAUGACUAUGGAGCCUGAAGUGUCGGAAAUCAUUCUCUACUGAGUCAGAAGGAAGACAGCUUGUCCCAGAUGAGACGUGGGAUACUGUGCAAACGGUACACAGCUAGCUGAAGAGGACCGGACCUGUGAGCACACUGGCGGGGCUGUGGCAGCUGCUGUGUGCCUCGGCCAAGAGAUGACAGUACUCUGCGCUUCUCCACAGGAGACUAGAGAAGCAGCUCUAGCCAGACCUCUGCCGCCCUCACAGCAGGCUGGUUGUGGGCUGUUGGGUCUCUGGACAGUCGUCUGUACAAGGCCAGCACAGUGACAGGAGAACUGUUAUUCCACUGGCAGGCUACCAUCAUGGGCCCGAAUGACAGUCCUUACCAAGGAGGUGUUUUUUUCCUGACCAUCCACUUCCCUACAGAUUAUCCUUUCAAGCCCCCAAAGGUUGCUUUCACUACCAAAAUCUAUCACCCUAAUAUAAACAGCAAUGGCAGCAUCUGCCUGGACAUCCUGAGGUCACAGUGGUCCCCAGCAUUGACUGUGUCCAAAGUUCUCUUGUCCAUCUGUUCUCUUCUCUGCGACCCCAACCCUGAUGACCCACUGGUGCCAGAAAUAGCCCACACCUACAAGGCCGACAGAGAGAAAUACAACAGACUAGCAAGAGAGUGGACACAGAAAUACGCUAUGUAAGUGUCUCGAAGGCUCCAUGGGAGACACUGGCCAAGAGAAGCUUGCCAGGCAGAGUGGCCUUCCUGUGAAGCUCUGAGCUAUUGGUUCUGUUCACACACGUGUUGGCCACUCACUUCCUCUGGCUGCAGCAUGUUGGUGGUGCCACUUUCAGCCAUUGUGGCCUUGCCAGUAUCACACCUUUGAUGCCAAAUCAGCAACCAUCAUUAUGAUCUACAGUCUUCCUGGUUACACUAGAAUUGGUCUAUGCCCCAACUUGUCUGCUUGUCUCUGGGGAAUCAAGCCAUGCAUGCCUCCCCUACUUGUCCUCAAAUGGUGCCACUAGUCACUAUGGCACUACACAGGGGCCCAGUCUGUUCCCUAACCACAUGACCUUUGCCUUUAGAACACAGUGCUGUCCUGAGGGCCCAGGGCAGACUGGGCUUUCUUCACACUCUGUCUGCCACAGAACCAUGUCCUCAGGAGUCUGAGUGCAUCCUGGAGGCUCCUGGGAAUUGGAAGAGCAUCCCGUUAGAGUGCUUCUGCUGUCUUCCACCUCUGCCCUCUGUAGUGCUAUAUGCUGCAUUCCUCUCCUCACACCCACAGCAAGUGGGAAACAUCAGGAUGUAUAAAGCAUGUAACACCCCAGAAGGAGGAUGACGUCAGACAUAGAGGUGGGGUUAAGCUUUUGUAUGUGGUGAGGCUUUCCCCACUCUUCUCUCACUGGGAACUUAGCAUGAAGUUCAAGCAUAAGCCGUUCACAGACUGGAACACAUGGAAGGAGAGGGACUUCAAAUGCAAAUAAAAACGAAAUUCCUUCAGAA